AACAAAGAAAAGUUAAAACUGAGCCACUCGAACUUGUUCAAACUGAGCCGCUCGAACUCCUCUCCUCUCCCGACCGAAAAGAGAGAAAAAAAAAGAACUCUCCUCUCCUCGAUUCGGUGAGCUUCAGCGCCCAGACCCAUUUCCUUGCAUCUGCGCAAAGGACGCUUGAGGUUAGAGAGAUCAGAGAAAACAAGCAGUUUCAGAAUUCGGGUGGUGGGAUAUCGCUGAGGCUGAGAUGGGGAGCACCAAUGGUCUGGUCAUUCUCUGCAAAGCUUAGAAAGUAUCACUUAAGAUAUCAAGACUCUACAAAGGCAAAGGCAAGAGAAACAUAAACCCAUUCUACACGAGAAAUGGCUUUAAUUUCCAACGAAGAGCUCAACCAAACCGUAGCUCACGAGCCUCAGCAAGAAACAUCCAAGGAUGGCCAAAUUGAGGUUGAGACCGACGAGGGUGAAAACCUCUGUGAAGAUGAGUCGAGGCCGCCCGAGUCCGAUUGGAUCAUCUCCAUCAAUAAGAACCUCGACAAAGCUGAGGAGGACCACAUGGCAUGCUCAUGGAAAAAGCGCUCCAUUUAUCGGAUCCCGCACUAUCUCAAGGAUGGCAAGGAGAAGGCCUGCGUCCCCCAGAUUGUCUCCAUCGGUCCGUUCCAUCAUGGUGACGAGCGCCUCUGCGAGAAGGACAAGGACAAGUGGCGCGGCCUCGUGUGCAUGCUCAAGCGCAACAAUCAGAGAAUAGAGGAGUAUCUAGACGCGGUGACAAAGGUCGAGGAGAAAGCCCGCGCUUGCUAUGAGGCAACGAUAGACAUGUGCAACGAAAAGUUCAUAGAGAUGAUGGUUCUCGAUGGGUGCUUUGUGAUCGAGUUGUUCUGGGGAUUCUUUUACGGGUUUGAUAAACUUGGCUACACUCACGAUGACCCCGUCUUCUCCUCGUCGCGGAGUUCAAUGGACAUUAUCCGGCGGGACAUGAUCUUGCUCGAGAAUCAGAUCCCGCUCUUCAUUCUCGAUCUGCUGUUUUGCCUCCAGCUCGGCCAACCUGACCGGAUUGGGCUUUUGGCCAAGCUGGCGCUCCAGUUCUUCUACUCUCUGAAGCCGACAGACUGCCCCCUUUAUUGCCUCAGCUGGACAAGGUUGGAGUUUGACCCGUUACCCCUUGAGGGCGAGCUCCAUUGCCUCGAAUUGUUUCGGCGGAGCCUCCUGUACCCACGCCCGAAGCCGGUAGCAACCCAGCAGUCGUCACAAACUGGGCUACAAUUCAUCCACUGCGUGACGGAGCUUCGGAAAAAAGGGAUCAAGUUCAGAAACGGGGAAGUGGAGGGUUUCUGGAACAUCCGGUUCAAGGACGGGAUCCUUGAGAUUCCCCGGCUUGUGAUUGGGGAUGAGACGCCGCCGCUUUUCCUCAACUUGAUAGCCUUCGAGCAGUGUCACUUCAAUUGCGGCAACGACAUCACCUCGUACCUGAUAUUCAUGGACAACUUGAUUAACUCUGCCGAGGACGUGGGGCACCUCCACGAUUGCGGGAUCAUGGAGCACUGGCUCGGGAGUGACACCGAGGUCGCUGACCUCUUCAACAAGCUAUGCAAAGAGGUGGUAUUGGUUGGCGGCCACAGUUAUCUCUCUGGACUGUCUAAGGAUGUGAACACUUACUCUGGCAACAAGUGUAAUGGCUAUAUAGCCAGUCUCAAGCUUAAGUACUUCAGUAAUCCCUGGUCAAUCAUUUCCUUAAUUGCUGCUAUCAUUUUGCUUGUGCUUACUUUGGCACAGACCUUGUAUGCAGUCUUUGGCUACUAUAGGCCAGGUUUUUGAUUUCUCAUAGAGUGGAGAUUAUUUGAUGAGCGUUUUAUGAGUGAUAAAGCUCUGGUGAAAAUUUGGAAUUAGGAUUGUGGCUAAUAGAUUAUAAAAGUGCGUUUGAUAAUUUUUCUGUUUCUAUUAGAAUACGUGGUGGUGUAC